AUGUCAAGUGGGAAAAGCUCAAAGAUUCUCAAUCCGCGAGUGCCAAAGUGUGCCCGUUGCCGGAACCACGGAGUCAUUUCAGGGCUGCGAGGUCACAAGAAGCAAUGUAGCUAUCGAAAUUGUCGCUGUGCCAAGUGUGAACUCAUCCACGAGAGACAGAGGAUUAUGGCUGCUCAGGUUGCCCUGAAGCGUCAGCAAGCAGUUGAAGAUGCCAUUGCACUCCGCUUGGCAUCCAAUGAAUCUGGCACAUCUCUCGACAGUUUGCCACCGGGAAAGAUAUUUGGGAUGAAUGUUACAGAGCCAAGAAUGACUCCACCGCCAAAAGAAGCAGUGACAACAGCGAAAAUUGAGGAAUCUCCUUCGAAAUCUAACGCUUCUCCUAUUCCAAGUCAAAAUGGAUCAGUUUCUCAAACUGCCAUUGACAUGCUGGCUCAGCUAUUUCCGCAUCGCAAGAGAUCCGUUUUGGAACUGGUCCUUAAGAGGUGUGACCUGGAUCUGUUGAAAGCAAUUGAACAGUGCGGAUCAGCGACUCCGAGUGCAUUUAAACCACCAACAACUGCGAGUCAGUCUUCUUUGCAGCACCAGCAGACGCCGCCGCCGACGCUUCCGCCGCAGCCACACUACACACCCCUGAUUGCGUACCCAAAGUGGCUGUUCCCAAUCUCGGGCAUUCCCGUCCACCUGCCGAAUCUGGCGCCUCGAUGCACGCUUCCAAACUGCCCGAUGUGUCUCCACAUCUAG